AAUCAAACCAAUUACCGUCCUUCUUCAGUGCCGAUUCCAGCCAAUGACAGUCGCCCUUUUAGGCUCUUAGCCCGCCCUCCAAAUGCGCAGCAGCCGUUGGGUCAGAAGUCUAUAGGGCAGCGUGUUCACGUGGCCUGUUUUCACGACCCAGAGUUCCCCUGACCGUGGGUUUUUUUUUCCCCCACCUCCUUUCCCUCGCUCUCUCCUUUUCUCCUGCAGGGAGGCAUUAUGGGUUUGUGUGUCCGUUCCCCUCCCCCGCCCCCGCACCACUGGGAAAGGAAGUGUCUACGUGGCUUGCGGAAAUAGGAUAGGCGGAAAUGAGCUAAGGUUCCCGCGAGUGGGAAGAGCGAGGUCAAAGCGAGGGCCACGCCCCCGAGCCUGUUGCGCAACUCUCGGAACAGGAGGAAAAAAAGGAAUAAUGAAGGUUUUGAUGUGUGUGUGUGUGUGUGUGUGUGUGUGUGUGUGUGUGUGUGUGAGGGUGGUGAGUGCCACAGGCGGAUGGCGUGAGAACCUGGGUGUAGGUGCACGGGCACGCUCGCGUGGCCGUGGACUGUGGGUGUGGGCGCCUACCAGCCCUCGUGGCGCCGGAGGUGGUGGGUGUGCGCAGGCGUGCACUCCCUGCGGUGGCGGGAGGGGCCCGAUUGUGUGUUGUAGAUACGCGUGUUUGCUCCCUAAUUUAAUGCGAUGUCUCCGUGUUGCUGACAAUAAGGUGUAUAUAUCUACAUAUGGGUAUGUGACAUGAGUUCAGAGGUCAGAGGCUUUGGAUCCCCUGGAGCUGGAAUUGCAGACUGUUCUGAGACACCUGGCAUGCGUGACGGGAACCUAACUCGGGUCUUCCGGAAGAACAGCGAGUGGACCUCCUUGCUGAGCCCUCUCUUCAGCCACAAUGGUGAAAGGUUUUUACAGCAGCCUGCAGCUAUAUUUCCCAGGCCGACUGGAAGCAUCAGUAUCACCUGAUCACUUCAGCGAACACAUGGUAAUAGACCAGUGCAUCCCUAUGACACAGAGCGACACACCAACCCACUCUAUCCUACCUUUCUUAUAGCCUUAUCUGAAUCCUAUGAAGAAGAAAGGGAAGCACAAAAAGGGAACAUUGUAGCCUAUGCGAUUCAGAACAAGGUUUUAUGGUGCCAUUAUUCGCUUGCCAAGAGGAGGUGCAGUUAGAGAUUCCUGGAAAUUAAGAGACUUCAGAGAAAAAGAAGAAACAAACGCUGUUUACACCUACCAACUCAAGUUUGCCCAGAACUGAGGAAGCCCCAGAGACUAGUAGUCUCUCAUCACUAACACUGGAGAAGUUCAAGGUAGAACAGGAAGAGAGAGCUUUGCUGGGUCCAUUAUAAAGAUAAAGAACCAGAGGCAAACAGAAAACAAGCUCAGAAAUGGCCACUGACCAUCUAGAUCUUCUAGAUAGGACUUUUGCCCCUACCAACUUGUCAAGUAUAUGUGGAAGUCUACGACCACCAAAACCUGGCUUAUAGGGCACAAUAACUGUGGCGGUGCAUAUGGGAACAGAGCAGGUACCCACAGACGACAGAAGAAUGUGUCAGAUUCUCUACAGUAGAGUUACAGGAAGUUGGGAGCCAUCUGAUGUGCACCCAGUUUUCACAGUGAAAAACCUGCAUCUUGGAAAAUGGUUUUCUUGCUGGAAAAUCGGCGGCUGGUGAUGGCGUUCUGUUUUCUUGCUGGAAAAUUGGUGGCUGGUGAUGGCGUUCAGCUUAGAGGAGGUGAAGUCUUCAGAAAACAACCAGUGAAUGGUGAAGCUGGCCAGUGGGUCCCGAGGUCCCCAAAGCUGGCCGCCGACUAUGACCAUGAAGGCUGCUGGUGCCCUCUGGAGGAAUUUUUGUGCACUGCAGAAGCCCAGCUGGAAUGGAGAACAUUUUGUUCCACUUACUUAGGAGACCCAGUAAAAGCAGAACCGCAGGAAUAGGAGGAGAGGACAAAGAUACUCAGAGAGAAAAAGUAAAGGACAGAAGAAGGAGACUGGAGAGACCAGAAUCCUUCCAGCUGAACAAAGUCAGCCGCAGAGAAGACUAGCCAGCAGGCUACAAUUGGAGUCAGAGUGCCAAAGACAUGGGCUUGUUAGAGUGCUGUGCAAGAUGUCUGGUGGGGGCCCCCUUUGCUUCCCUGGUGGCCACUGGAUUGUGUUUCUUUGGAGUGGCACUGUUCUGUGGAUGUGGACAUGAAGCUCUCACUGGUACAGAGAAGCUAAUUGAGACCUAUUUCUCCAAAAACUACCAGGACUAUGAGUAUCUCAUUAAUGUGAUUCAUGCUUUCCAGUAUGUCAUCUAUGGAACUGCCUCUUUCUUCUUCCUUUAUGGGGCCCUCCUGCUGGCUGAGGGCUUCUACACCACCGGCGCAGUCAGGCAGAUCUUUGGCGACUACAAGACCACCAUCUGCGGCAAGGGCCUGAGCGCAACGUUUGUGGGCAUCACCUAUGCCCUGACUGUUGUGUGGCUCCUGGUGUUUGCCUGCUCUGCUGUGCCUGUGUACAUUUACUUCAACACCUGGACCACCUGCCAGUCUAUUGCCUUCCCUAGCAAGACUUCUGCCAGUAUAGGCACUCUCUGCGCCGAUGCCAGAAUGUACGGUGUUCUCCCAUGGAAUGCUUUCCCUGGCAAGGUUUGUGGCUCCAACCUUCUGUCCAUCUGCAAAACAGCUGAGUUCCAAAUGACCUUCCACCUGUUUAUUGCUGCAUUUGUGGGUGCUGCAGCCACACUAGUUUCCCUGCUCACCUUCAUGAUUGCUGCCACUUACAACUUCGCCGUCCUUAAACUCAUGGGCCGAGGCACCAAGUUCUGAGCUCCUGUAGAAACUCCCUUGUCUAAUAGCGAGGCUCUAACCACACAGCCUACAGUGUUGUGUCUCCCGUCUUAACUCUGCCUUUGCCACUGAUUGGCCCUCUUCUUACUUGAUGAGUAUAACAAGAAAGGAGAGUCUUGCUGUGAUUAAUCUCUCUCUGGACUCUCCCUUUUCUGUACCUCUUUUAGUCAUUUUGCUCCACAGCUGGUUCCUGCUAGAAGUGGAGAGCGCCUGAGAAGGCGCUUCUCCAGCUGCAAGUCACAGAGGAAUGAAAGCUCUAGUUCAGUUUGGGAGCAUCUCCUAAAGACCAGGAUGUACUUCUUCACAAAGGGCAUUUCCAUUGAGAAAAACAAAGCAGAAAGAAAGAUUCUCAGGGAGAGAGGAGGAAUGUCCUUGGUCUCCUUGCCAUCAAUAGGAGCCAGCUAUAUUCUCCUUGAUGCCCCAAACCAAGAACUCACCCUUAUCUUCCUAUUUCCAUUGAAGACAGAAGCAAAGGAAAGAAUGCUAGCAAAGCAAUAGCACUUGCUCAAAUCUGCCUCCUGCAACUGGGAGACAGGGGUCAAAGCAAGGAUCUUUCACCCUUAGAAAGAGAGCUCUGACCCCAAUGGCAGUGGACUAUGUAAGCCCUAAUUCAACCAACCUUACGGCAUCAGGAAGCACAGUGUAGACAAAGGGGCAAAGUCUGUCCUUACACCUCAUUAGGAAGAGAAACAGUGCUGUCAGGCUCUGCUCACUCCCUUCUCCUUGAUAAUAGCUACCAUGACAACCCUGUGGUUUCCAAGGAGCUGAGAACAGAAGGAAACUAGCUUUCAUGAAAUAAGACUGUGACCUAAAGAGCAGCAGUUGGCGGAGGCUAAAGGUGUAGCUUAAGAUGGCUCUCGGCUAGAUGCAAGAUAGUUAACUCUUUGGAUAGAAUAUCUUUUAUUUUUCUGUCGGUUAAUUGUGUCCUCUGGCCUCUGGCAUAUCUUCACCAUGGUGCUCUUUUCCUGGGGUUUUAGCUAUUCACUAGAGCAGGUGAUUUGAAGAUCUUGAUUAGUCAGAAGGAUUCAUGUCUCACCUUUUCCAAUUCUUUAGCUCUUGUUGGGAGUUAGAUCAGAAAGAUCUGGAGAAUGAGUUUUGAUUGCAGUUCUUUUUGAAAAAAAGAAACCUGGACAGUAAGCAUCACAAAAAAUAUUUCAAACUGUCUAGUCCCAUGAAUUUAUUUGGAUUUUCCACAAGCAUGCCAUUUGUAGAAAUCGGCUUGGUAAAUUUGAGUCUCAAGUUGAAUAAGCUGUCCAAUAUUUUCUUUUCUAACAAAUGACAAAUGACUUUACUUGCUAAUGUCACCUUGGCAUUUUGAGAAUUAGGCUUAGCGUAGAGGUUAUUGUCUCUUGGUAUAUAUAGGUCACAUAAUAGAUUGUACUAGCUGCCAGCCGUUCAUUUGGUAAGCUUCCAUGGAGAUCUGGAGACAUGCAGAGGACAGACAGAAAGAACUAGAAACCUCAACUACCAGAUUUCAAGUAUCUGGGAUUUGUUAACUUUGGGAUUAAAAUUAAAAAAAAAAACUCCGAUCUUGAAGGAAAGGUUAUUAUAGAUCUUUCAUUACAGACUUCUGUCGUCCUUAUUCCCCAAAAUGGUUUCUGCCAUGUUGAAGGACUUGAUAAGAAGACAGUGAAGACUUGUUCUUGGGCCAGUAUGUAAGAUAACUAGGGUAUACAAGAGUGAGGAGAGGGGAAAGGAUCUGUGAGAAACCAAUCAAGAUCAAGGAAAGUGGAAUCAUCUCUAUCUUUUAUUUUGUUUUGAUUUAAUAACGUAACCAGCUGUUCCCUACAAACCUCACAUGCAUACACACACACACGUACAAAGAGAGUUAAUCAACUGCAAGUGUUUCCUUCAAUUCUGAUAGAGAAUUUGGAUUUUAACAACAUAAAGAAUAAACUUUUAGAAACUCAUCUUACAAAAUGUAUUUUAUAAAAUUAAAGAAAAUAAAAUUAAGAAUGUUCUCAAUCAAA